AUGCAUGAUAACCACUAUAGUCUUUAUCUAUCUAUCUAUCUUAGUCUGUUCAUAUCUAUCUAUCUCAGUCUGUUCAUAUCUAUCUAUCUAUUUAAUUCUAUUCAAAUCUAUCUAUCUAAUUGGAGCAGAUUUAUGUCUAAUCUGAUUCAUCCUUUCAAGCAAUUUUCAGUAGUUGUUGUAAAAGUGACAUUAACACAUCACAGAACUGGUGGGAUCGGACAAGAAUGCAAAACAUCUGAUCUGGAAGAAGGCAAAAGAAUCAACAAAACAAGAUGGGGACAUUAUUCCGAAUCAGAAGCAGCUUAUGCUUGCGUGUCUGAACUUGGAGAAUUGGGUUUGGUCCAGUUUAGAGAUCUGAAUCCAGAUGUCAAUGCAUUCCAGCGUAAAUUUGUUAACGAAGUCCGAAGAUGUGAAGAAAUGGAGAGAAAACUCCGUUUUCUGGAGAAAGAAAUUAAGAAAGAUGCCAUUCCAAUGUUAGAUACUGGAGACAAUCCUGAUGCUCCAGUUCCUAGGGAAAUGAUUGAUUUAGAGGCAACAUUUGAAAAAUUAGAAAAUGAAAUGAAGGAAGUAAAUGCAAAUGCUGAAGCAUUGAAAAGAAAUUUCCUUGAAUUAACUGAAUUGAAACACAUUCUCCGCAAAACACAAAACUUCUUUGAAGAGGCUGAAUUCCAUCACACUCAGGCUUUGCAUGAUCCUGGGAUAGCAGAAGAGUCAGUGGGACUACUAGGGGAAGAGGCUUCUGACUCAUUGAUUGAUGAUGCUGACCAGGCAUUAGUGGGUGACCAUCUUGCAAAGUAUCAGGAACGCCAGCAGUCUCCCCUGGGGUUUUUAGCUGGUGUUAUCCACAGAGAACGCAUUCCUGCUUUUGAGCGUAUGUUAUGGCGAGUGUGUCGGGGCAAUGUCUUUCUGAAGCAGGCAGAGAUUGAACCCCCACUUGAAGAUCCAGUCACUGGAGAUCAUGUUUACAAAUCAGUAUUUAUUGUGUUCUUCCAAGGUGAUCAACUAAAAUCUCGUGUGCGUAAAAUUUGUGAAGGAUUCCGUGCAACCUUGUACCCAUGUCCAGAGACUCAGGCUGAGAGAAGGGAAAUGUCAAUUGGUGUUAUGACACGGAUUGAAGAUCUCAACACGGUUCUUGGGCAAACCCAAGAUCACCGUCAUCGUGUUUUGGUAGCUGCAGCAAAGAACAUUAAAGUUUGGUUCAUUAAAGUGAGAAAGAUAAAAGCAAUUUACCACACACUUAACAUGUUUAACCUUGAUGUUACCCAAAAAUGUCUUAUUGCUGAAUGUUGGUGCCCAGUUGCUGACCUUGACCGCAUCCAGCAGGCUCUUCGAAGAGGAACAGAAAGAAGUGGAAGCAGUGUACCUUCUAUCUUGAACCGAAUGGUUACCAAACAAGAACCACCCACCUAUAACCGCACCAAUAAGUUUACAGAAGCAUUCCAGGCUAUUGUAGAUGCUUAUGGAGUGGCUGCUUAUCGUGAAGUUAAUCCUGCGCCAUUCACCAUUAUUACAUUUCCUUUCUUGUUUGCCGUGAUGUUUGGAGAUGCUGGUCAUGGUUUCCUUAUGGCACUGUUUGCCUUGUGGAUGAUUUUAAGAGAGAAAGUUCUUUCAACUAAAAAGGGUGAUAAUGAGAUAUGGAAUACAUUUUUUGGAGGUCGAUACAUCAUUCUCUUAAUGGGUGUUUUUUCUAUUUAUACUGGGUUGGUUUACAAUGAUGUUUUCUCCAAAUCUCUCAACAUAUUUGGGUCUUCAUGGCAUUCAAAUUUUACAGGCCGCAAAGGUCUGAGUAUUGUCUUGAAUCCUGCUGAUACCUAUGAUAAGUCACCAUAUCCUUUUGGUAUAGAUCCUAUAUGGCAGUUGUCACAAAAUAAAAUAACCUUCACUAAUUCAUUAAAAAUGAAAAUGUCAGUUAUUCUUGGUGUUUGCCAAAUGAUGUUUGGUGUUGGAUUGAGUUUAUCAAACCACAGAUAUUUUCAGAAACCAUUAAAUAUAAUUUGUGAAUUUAUUCCACAAAUGAUCUUUCUCUCAGCCAUGUUUGGCUAUUUGGUCAUACUUAUUUUUGUGAAAUGGACGCAUUAUGAUUCUACAACUGCUGGCGUGGCACCCAGCUUACUUAUUGGCUUAAUCAACAUGUUUCUGUUCAAAUAUCCUGAAUUGCCUAAAUAUGAAGCCCCUUUCUAUGCCGGUCAGGCUGGAUUCCAAGGGUUUCUUGUGGUUGUCUUAUUUCUUUGUGUCCCAUGGAUGCUGUUGGUCAAACCAUACAUGCAGAAAAAACAAUACCAAGCACAACAGUAUGAACACCAGCAGCUGUCAGUUCAGAGUGGGGAUCUUGUGAACCAUGACCAAGACGCCAUCAUCAAUGCAACAGGAGAACAGGAUGCCAGCCUCCACUAUUCUGGCCAGGAGCCUGAGGAGGAUUUUGAUUUUAAAGAUAUACAAAUACAUCAAGCUAUCCACACCAUUGAGUAUUGUUUAAGUUGCAUCUCCAACACAGCAUCCUAUCUUCGAUUGUGGGCUCUCAGCUUAGCACAUGCACAAUUGUCUGAGGUUUUGUGGACCAUGGUGAUGAGAAUAGCCUUGAGGGCAAAUGGCUACAGUGGAAUCUUUUUCAUGUUUCUAAUAUUUCCCUUCUGGGCCGUUCUUACCAUAACAGUAUUAUUAGUAAUGGAAGGCCUCUCUGCAUUCCUUCAUGCUCUUCGAUUGCAUUGGGUUGAAUUCCAAAACAAAUUCUAUCAAGGAACUGGUUAUUUGUUCCAGCCUUUCUCUUUUGAGCACAUACUAGACUAUGGCGGAGAAGAGUAA